UCUAAUCGUAUGGAUGCACGUUUCAUCGACCACAAAAACAAGAAGGUACUUAUGGUGGAAAUGAGCUGCCCUUGGAUCAACAACAGAGACAAGAAAGACAAAGAAAAGACCAAGAAGUAUGGAGCACUUAGACUUGAGCUGACAAAACAACACCCAGGAUACAAGAUCUCACAAGUAAACGUCAUUAUAGAUGUACUUGGAGGAUGGUCUAAAGCUAUGGAAACUGAAAUGAAGGGCAUCUUUGGUACAAGAUACAAAGAAAUAUUGCUGAGAAUGCAGAAAGCUGUAUUAAGUAGCACUCUGAACAUUGCAAGAACAUUUAAACUGGUUACAUCGUAAGAAUUUUAAGGA